AUGGAUGGACAGGUGUUUAGUUGGGGUGAAAAUAGUGCAAAUAAAUUGGGUCUCAAUAGUAAUGAUACGAAAAUAUGUUUACCAAAAUUGAUAUGCAAUUUAAAUGGCAUUACAUCAGUUAAAUGUGGUUUUCAAUUUAUUGAAAAUUUAAGAAUAAAAGACUUAACACCAAUUGAUUGGAUCAAAUGUAUUGAAAGAUUUUAUGUGUUUGACGACAGUUUGGGUGUUAAUAUGCUGUUUGUAACCAAAGAUGAUCGGGUAUAUGGAUUGGGUGCUAAUCACAAGGGAUCACUAGGUUUGGGACACAACCGGUGGGUGAGUGAACCACAAGAGAUCAUUCAUCUGAGACAUAAAAAUAUUAUUAAUUUCAUAAAUGGAUAUAAUUUUUUCGUUUGUAUUUCGAGUGAUAACUGUGUUUAUAGUUGUGGUUAUAAUAUUUAUGGUCAAUUGGGACAGGGAUUUAAAAAUAGUAUAUUUAAUAGACCAAUGAUUAUAAAAAUCAAUGCAAAAAAUGAUUUAGUAAUCGAUGUUAGUUGUGGUUCAUAUCAUACAUUAGUUGUAACCGAAAAUAAUAAUGAAGUGUAUGGUUGGGGUAGUAAUAGUUACGGACAAAUCGGUAGCCGAGACAUCACUUGUGAUACUAUCACUACACCCGAAAAGAUUCACUUCAGUGGUAAUUAUAGUAUAAAAUCUGUUCACUGUUUUGAUUGUUCAUCGUUUGCACUGACAAUGGAUGGACAGGUGUUUAGUUGGGGUUCUAAUAGUGCAAAUAUAUUGGGUCUUAAUUCUAAUGAUACGAAAAUAUGUUUACCACAAUUGAUAUGCAAUUUGAAUGAAUUUAUUGAAAAUUUAAGAAUAAAAGACUUAACACCAAUUGAUUGGAUCAAAUGUAUUGAAAGAUUUUAUGUGUUUGACGAUAGUUUGGGAGUUAAUAUGCUGUUUGUAACCAAAGAUGAUCGGGUCUAUGGAUUGGGUGCUAAUCACAAGGGAUCACUAGGUUUGGGACACAACCGGUGGGUGAGUGAACCACAAGAGAUCAUUCAUCUGAGACAUAAAAAUAUUAUUAAUUUCAUAAAUGGAAAUAAUUUUUUCGUUUGUAUUUCGAGUGAUAACUAUGUUUAUAGUUGUGGUUAUAAUAUUUGUGGACAAUUGGGACAGGGAUUUAAAAAUAGUUUAUAUAAUAAACCAAUGAUUAUACAAAUCAAUGCAAAAAAUGAUUUAGUAAGCGAUGUUAGUUGUGGUUCAUAUCAUACAUUAGUUGUAACCAAAAAUAAUAAUGAAGUGUAUGGUUGGGGUAAUAAUACUUUCGGACAAAUCGGUAGCCGACACAACAAUUAUGAUAUCAUUAGACCCGAAAAGAUUAAAUUUAGUGACAAUUAUUGUAUAAAAUCUGUUCACUGUUUUGAUAACUCAUCGUUUGCAUUGACAAUGGAUGGACAGGUGUUUAGUUGGGGUCAAAAUCGUAACAAUCAAUUGGGUCAUUAUUGCAAUAAAUUUAGAAUAAUAAAACCAACAUUAAUAUGCAAUUUGUCUGCCAUUACAUCCAUACAAUCGGGAACAGGGAUUACAUAUUUUUUCACUAAUUAUAGAAAAGAAAUCUAUUUUUGUGGUAAAUAUUACAAUGAAAACAAUGAGAUUGAUAUUCAGAAAACGCCAAAAUUAUCAAAAUUAUUUAAUCAAUAUAUUGAAAUACAAUCGAUUAUAUUACUAAUGAUUAUACUCGAUGUUAUGAUGAAUUGA